UAUUGAGACACAUACACUGAUCAUAUCAGUGGUGUUCUAGUAAUUCUUUCUUUUUCUUCUUCUUAUUAUUAUCAUCAUCGUCGUCGUCGGCCGGACAUGCCACGGAAGAUACUUUCGAUGGGGAGGAAGCUUUUCCGAUUGUCCCGCAAAGACAAAGAAAUUAAAUUAGCGAAAAGAGAGUUAGAAGACUACGAUGCCCUACACGCCCCCAUAUUGAUGGCCGCCAAACACAAACAAAAUAUCGACUACUCUACCCAACAACAACACCUUCACCUUGCGGCCAUCACCAUCCAAGCAUCCUUCCGCCGUCACCUCGCUAGAAGAGCACGCAGGGCGUUGAGAAGCCUAGUAAAAUUGCAGGCCCUGGUAAGAGGAGUGGUGGUGAGGCGCCAAGCCCGAAUUGCGCUGCAAUGCAUGCAAGCCUUGGCCCGACUGCAAAUCACCGUUCGGGCCCGCCAAUUGCACCUCCUCCUUUGAUUCUGCGCUAAAUUAUAUAUUUCUUUCCCGUGUAUCUAUUUAUUUUUUCACAAAAUUUUAGAAAUAUUAGUAUUAUAUUGGGAUGUGGUAUGAAUAAAGUAAAAAGACUAAAAUAACUUUAUUAUUAUUAUUGUGUGAUA